AUGAAAGAUGCCUUGGCCGGCCAUGUGAUCGUUCAGGAGAUCGAACCUGCAUCCAGCAGGCCCCGAGUGACGUUGACGGAAGAGGAUGUCCUUGACAAGAUCGUCCUCGGACUCAGUGCCAUCUUCGGCCUGCAAGAAGACACCCACCUGACGGGCAACCAAUACUCGAUCAUCGGCUGCAUCGCGCCGGCCGCGCAGCUGGCGUGGCAGCCGUUCUCGUCCAUCCUCAUCGUGAAGGUGCGCCCGCGUCUCCUGAUGCCGGCCAUGGUGCUGGGCUGGGGCAUCGCGCAGGCCGGCUGCCUGCCCCUGUUCUCCAUCAUCACGGCGCAGUGGUACCGCCGGUCCGAGCAGCCGGCCCGCGUCGCCGUGUGGUACAGCACGCACGGCCCGGCCACCAUCGUUGCGGCGCUGCUGUCGUACGGGCUCGGGCAUGCGAAAGGGGGGGCUUUGGCGCCGUGGCAAUGGAUCUACCUCGUCACCGGCCUCCUGACCAUUGUCACCGUGCCCCUGAUCUACUGGAAACUGGAUGACGACGUCUCUUCGGCCCGCUUCCUGACCGUCGAAGAACGCAGCCAAGCACUCGAGCGGCUGCGAGCGAACCAGAGCGGGUCUGCGUCGCGCGAUUUCAAGUGGACGCAGGUCGUGGAAACGUUCGUGGACAUCAAGUGCUACCUGUUCGCCGCCAUGUCCUUUGCCAUCAGCUUCGGCGCCCACGUCGCAAGCCUGUUUGGGCCGCUCCUUCUCAGCAGCUUUGGCUUCGGCCACUACAGAAUAACCCUCCUGAACAUCCCAUUUGGCGUCCUCCAGUCGACCGCCAUCCUCGUGGCGGCGUGGGCGGCGUCCAGGACGCGGUGGAAGUCGCUGCCGCUCGUGACCCUGCUGGUCUUCAUCCUGAGCGGCUUCGUGCUGCUCUAUGUCCUCCCGCACGGCCAUUCCCGUCUCCCCGGCCUGCUCGUCGGGUACUACUUCCUCGCUUUCAUCGUCGGCUGCAACAACACAGCCGUAUCAUGGAUCCUGGCCAACACGGCCGGGCAGACCAAGAGGUCGGCGAUGAUGGCGCUGUUUAACGCGGCGUCGUCCACGGGCGCCAUCAUCGGCCCGUUGCUGUUCGACUCGGCCGACGCGCCGGCGUACCGCGCGGGGCUGCGGAGCACCGUGGGCGUGUACGCGGCCGUGAUCGCCGUCGUCUUGCUGCAAGUGGCCACCCUGAUGCUGCUGAACAAGCUGCAGGCGCGGCGGCGCGUCGCGAACGGCAAGACGGCCCGCAUCCACGACCACUCCAUGGAGGCCCGGUAUGUGGACAUGCGCUUGGGGAAUGAGGAGAGCGUGGGCGGGCGAGCGUUUGCGGACUUGACGGAUCGGGAGAACGAUGAGUUUGUCUACGUUUAUUAG